AUGGGGUCGAUAACACCAACUGAGGACAAGGCGACAAGCAUGGGGGACACCAAGGGUCCAAGGACCAAGGGAUUUAUCAACCAUGAAUCCAAAGGCCUGGCGAUUAUCAUAAAUCUUGUCGACGCCGUCAACUUCCUGCUGCUGCUUCUUUUCUUCUUCUUCUUCUUCUUCUUCUUCUUCCUCCCCCAGCCUCCGCUGCCAGCUCAUCAGUCAGCCACCAUCGCCAACUCACUUGUCGCCUCUUGA